AUGGUUUCUGUGGUAGCCAUUUCCACUGUGGAACGCUCGGAUGGUGCACGGCAGUUGGAGGAAGUUAAGGUGAUGUACAUUCGUGGCCAGGUCCUUUGUCAGGAAUGCUCCAGCGCAAUCUGGAAGGAAUGGAUUCAUGGGAAACCCAUGAAAGGUGCGAAGGUGGCGGUGACAUGCCUCGACUCGCGCCAACAAACGGUCUACCACGUGAGCGCCACGACCGACAGCAAGGGAGAGUUCCACCUGCCAGUGAGCGUGUCGGCCGGCGGGAAGGCGAUGAGGCCUGCAGAGGACUGCACGGUGGGCUUGGUAUCGUCGCCGGACACAACCUGUGAUAUCAUGACCGAAUUUGGCGGCGGAAAGGGCGGGGUGAAGCCAGGCCAUGUGUGGGAGCAGCUCGUCGCGGCAGAGUACACCGUGGGUCCUUUCUUCUUCGCGCCACGCUUGUGCGAGCAACCAACGAUGGCCGCGGUAGACUUCGACUGA